AUGGAUCAAUAUUCCACGCAAUACGACGCUUCAAUUGGGGGCCACAUUGAUGUUCCGGAUGGCGAGAAUACUUUUCAGUAUGCAGAGAAGAGGCUUCCGGAGUUGGCAUCUCUCAUUAGCACGAUUAAGAACCCGACAAAGAGUAAGUUAAUUUUUCAGACAAUGCCAAAUCACAUGAGACGCCGUACAGCAGCCCAGAAUCCCAAAAGAUUGCCGGUACGCUUCCGGCAAGGCCAUAUUUCCCAAAUGAAAAAAAGUGGAAUGCCCACGAAGAAGAAGAGACCAUCGAGGAAGUACCGCAGAAGACCCAGCAAUCUCAGGAAGGAAUAUGCAAGACGACAAAUGAAGGUUUCUUGGAUGGAAACUCAUAUUUGGCACGCCAAACGCUUCCAUAUGGUCAAGAAAUGGGGUUAUAAAAUUCCCUGGGCACCCUGUGACAAGAGCUACAGGGCCUGCUAUCGAGCUACGGCAAAGCACUGCCUUAUUCAGGAUAUUUCCUACCUGAAUUGCGUGGAAAUCCGAGGAAAGAUGGAUGAGCUGUCACCGCAACUCAAAAGACUCUGCAAUCCCUCAGAACUUUCUUUCACAGCCAAGUGCUAUAUUUCCGGACAGAGAGAAGGGACUUUAGAUAUUUUUAAGCAUGACAAAUAUCCUCUAGGAGCGAUUGGGAAUGUGAGAUUCUUCUGGAAACCUCCUGGACAGGAAGAGCUCUCUCGUCUUUGGAUAUUCAUCCAUCCAUCCUUUCACAAUAUUUUUAUCAGCGAACUCGAGGAUCUGUUUCACCUGAAGAGAAUUACCGAAAUGGAUGUAGAUGAGGAGAAGACUGUAGAUGAACAAUCUCUUACAGUCUACAAAUGCCCCGGAAGCAGUGUUGAAGUUCAAGAAUUGAGACCGAAAUUGAAUAGAUUUCGUCUUACAGGACCUCUGUCUAAUGCAGUACUGAGCCGUGCUCUCAAAUGCAAGCAGAACCCUGAGAUUGAAUCCCAGAAUUUCAGUCCGGAAGCUCAUGAAAUUCAAAUGAAAUACUGGAAUGAGAUUUCUGAGAUAUCUUCUCCAGCUGAACUGCCCUCCAAUAUUAUUCUAAGCCUCACAGUUGAGGAUCCUCGAAUUAAUCGACCACAGAAGAGGACAAAGGCCCUUCCGGAAGCCCUUCCCUUAACUUCAGCUGCUCUGAAAAUCCCUCCUCAAAUUAACAUCAGCCCAAUAUGGGAUCAAGAAUUGAGGAAAAAUCUUCCGGAAAGGAUGAUGAAUACGGGAAAGUACAAUGAGAGACGCAAGAAGGAAGCUCUAGCUCCGGGAGAACGAUGUAGCUUUGAAGAUAAACUUCAGGCUCUUCCACUUCUCCUAAUACAGAGGCCAGGAUUGCGAGACAGCUCAAAGCCUCUAGGAUUCUGCAGUGGCUGGGAUGUGAUCGUCCCUGCUGGAUAUGGCAUAGUUACCUGGGUUUCUUUGAUAAUGUGGGGAGCUCGAGCUGGAGGAUGGCGAGAGACUAUUUCAACUCACAGAGAAAUGGGACGUGAUGUCUUUGCCCCGGACACAAUGGUUUCCCAGAAGGAAGAGGAUACAGAAGCUGAAGAAUUGCGAGCAAAAUACUUCAGAAGACCCUCAAAAAAGCGACCAAACUACACAAAACUCUCCAUAACCAGUCCAUUUCAGUGUCCUUGGAAGCAGCUUGUGAAGGAAUGGUCAGAGGAUUCUUCAGAAUCCUUCUAUGUGCUCCGUGACAGGAAAAUCCUUGAUCAGUGCGAAAAGGCCCUGAAGAAUCAGCAAUCUGUGGAGUCAAUUGCUUUAACAAAUGCAGCCCUCAUUCCCGUUUACAUUCGUUUGAUUUCCCGCGGGAAUCCGGGAAAUUUUUCAAUUCUUGCCCUCCCUCAUCCAGAAGAUCUCAAAAAGAAACAUUCUGGUCAAAAUGGAAUACUUCAUUCUGAGCCAGUGGUUAAAGAUUCAAAUUCAAAAAUAAGGAAAAUCCUUCGUCUGAAGCAUACACGUUUUCUCAAGAAACAGCGACGAAUGAGGAUUCGCCUUAAGAAGAAACAUCAAGAAAAAUCAACGGAAAGAGUCAAACUGCCACGGAAAAAAUCUCCACUUGUCCUCCAGGAAUGUUGCAAAUUCAAAGAAAAGAUGGAAGAGCUUUGGUUGCCUAAGAAUCCGUUAAGGAUUAAAGAUCAAUGCUCAAGGACGGUAAUUGGGUAUGUGACACAAAGUGACUUCAUUUUCACUGACUCGACAGUGUCUGCAAUUGGAUAUGUCACAUGGAAUGGUUUCCGGGAGUUAGUUGGAAAGUGUAAGAAGUCGAAACAGGCCACUGUUUUAGUUAGAGGCACUAAAACCAGGCAUUAUCGUGGAGGAAGUAUUUCUAUUCGACGACAAUAG